GUGCUUUUCUUAGCACAGAGCGUGAUGGUGUGCGUUCCUCGCUGCACAACCGCCACGACAAGAUGGUGCAGUGCUGGGAGGCGAUGGUCCGUGAGACGAGCGACGGUUGUCGCUGCGCUGGUGCUGGUUGUGGUGGGACUGUGCGUGGGAGGGUUCCUGGCAUACAUCCGGCACGGUACGUCAGCGGACACAAAGGUCCAACUCUUGACAGAGACGGCACUAUCAUUCAUGGGCGCUGGAAACAACGACGGCAAUGAUCGCCUACAUCAGCGAUCAAACCACCAGCAGCAGAUGGCUGUGGUGUACAUAUGCCUGUGGCACUGUGACACGAGCUUGCUGGCGUUGUCCAUCAAGACGCUGCGUGCGCGCGGGGGAUGGUGUGGUGACGUGUAUGUGGCGGUGGGUAACUCAGAACGCCGAGCGCUCGCCAUGCAUGGGCACUUGCCACCGCGCACGCACUUUGCCCUCAUCAACAACCCGCGCCGCUUGUGCACAUCGCACCGCAUGCAGACGUCCAUGUGCGCCAAGAGGCUCAAGCCGCAGCUGUUUUCUCUCGUCCCGGCAACCGUACACACGCUGCUGUACAUUGACGCGGACGUGCUGGUAUCUCGGCCUUUGCACAGCUUGUGGGAUUUGCCCCGUGCAGCAAGAGGCGCUGAGACUUGGCACGUGUUUCCGGACAUGCUCUGCUCGGACUGCACCCACUUCAACACUGGAAUCAUGCUGCUGCACAGGCGGCAAACCCUUCCUGCCGCGGUUCCAGGCCCACGACCGGCACACCGCGGGCCGACUGCUUCCACGCACGAAUGCAACCAGGCGACGUGCAUGCGGCAUGAGCAAGUGGUGGCAGUGCCAGGAGCGUCACCCAGCACGUCCCCUAGCCUACACACUUGCCUGGCGCUGUGGCUGAUAGCCAUGGACAGUGGGCUGUUCUCGCGUGACCAAGAGGCCUUGGAUGCAGCGCUGGGCCUCCCGCUGCCCAUGCUGCCUGACAGCGUCGCCGAGGAGGCACAAGCCGUCCUACUGCAGCGAUUCGCACAGAGCGCACCCAUCCCCUGCCGCUCGCAUCCAGCGACGGGCGGCGAUAGUGGUGGUGGGCUCAAGUGUCUCCAGUCAGUGCAGGCAGGGUGCCGGCGUUUGCUGCACAUGCUGCCGCGCCGUCGCCAGCGCUACCUGGAUAGCGGGAUGUGGCAGCCGCUGCUUGCGUAUCACGAGUGGUUUGUGCACCUCCUUGGCAUCAAGCGAGACCGCAAGCUGUGGCCUCGCGUGAGGCGGUUCUACCUUGACAGUGAGCAGCGUCUCCUUCAGUCGCCCCGCUGUCCCAUCACCGACUACAGUGGUGACGCUGCUGCACACCAACACGGCCGCACAAUCCAUUGCUCCGUGUCACCCUGCGGCUGCGUUCAAGCACCAUGAGGUGCGUGUGUGUGUGUGUGUGUAUGCGUGCGUGUGUCUGUGUCUGUGUCUGUGUGUUUGUGUGUGUGUGUGUGUGUGUCUGUGUCUGUGUCUGUGUCUGUCUGUGUCUGUCUGUCUGUCUGCCUGCCUGCCUGUCUGU